UUCACGAUGAGACUGAAGCGUCGAGUCGCUUGAAUCGCCAAUUAAUCAAGACAGCUCGAGAAACAAUCUCUCGCCUUCCCGUGUCAAAUAGCCAAAUAAUAAGAACGAAGCGAUUAAAAGAAAAAUCCUCUCGAGGAGGACGUGAGCAUUUCCAGAGUAAAAUAAAAGAUGUGAACCCCGACAGAGAAGUCAGAGGCAAGAUUUGCAUGGCGGAGGGGAGAGUUGAGGCGACGAAGAAAGAGAGAAGUCUUGUGAUUUCGGAUCACCGAUCGGCCGUACCAAGUGGCAGACGCUCGCGUCUCAUGACAAGGAGAGGAGCUCUGAGUGUACCGUGCUGCGUCAUCGUAGAAUGGACACACAAGGAGGAAUGUCCCGCAACACUGGUCCUGGUUUGUAUGAAUUCCUUAUGGAAGCAGAGCUCCAGCAAUAUUAUCCUGGAAUCCGAGGGGACCUGAAAGUACAGACAACUGCUCAAUUGAAAUAUGUAACAGAGGAAGACUUGAAUGCAAUUGGAAUGAGUAAACCAGAGAUGCGUCGUUUGAAAAAGUAUUUCCAAAAACAUUUCCCUCAGAAUUACCUGUCUAAGUUUAAGAAGAUGCUGUUACCGAAACGGGAGGAACCAACCACAGGUGCUCUAACUAUGUUACCAGAGGAGAAGCAAGAUAGACCACCGAUUCGUGUUCCUAAUAAGCAUAUGAUACCAGCCGAUGCAAUUAUUGUGAACAAAGAAUUAGGAACAGGAGAGUUUGGAGUUGUUCAACAAGGUGUUUGGACGAAUGAUGGGGAGAGGAUACAAGUAGCAAUCAAAUGUUUGUCUCGAGAGAGAAUGCAGAAUAAUCCUAUUGAAUUUCUGAAAGAAGCAGCCAUAAUGCAUGCAAUAGAUCAUGAACAUAUUGUAAGAUUGUAUGGUGUAGUCUUGGAUACAAAUUCCUUAAUGCUCGUCACGGAAUUAGCACCUCUAAGAUCACUGCUAGAAUGUCUGAAAGAACCUAGUUUACGUACUAGUUUUCCUGUUCUCUCUUUGUGUGACUUUACCGUACAGAUUGCAGAUGGAAUGCAAUACUUGGAAGCAAAACGAUUAAUACACCGCGAUCUUGCUGCCCGAAAUAUCUUGGUGUUUUCUAAGAAUAAGGUGAAAAUAUCUGAUUUCGGACUGUCUCGUGCUUUAGGAGUUGGAAAGGACUAUUACCAAACGAAUUUCAACGUAAAUUUAAAAUUACCAAUAGCAUGGUGUGCACCAGAGUGCAUAUCUUAUUUGAAAUUCACUUCAGCUAGCGAUGUGUGGGCCUAUGGAGUGACUUUAUGGGAGAUGUUUAGCUAUGGUUUUCAACCAUGGGCAGCACUGACAGGCCACCAAAUCUUAGAAGCGAUAGAUGAACCUAACUUUCAAAGAUUAGAACAACCAGAGUGUUGUCCAAAAGAUUACUUCUCACUGAUGCAACAGUGUUGGCAGCAUGAACCAUCCAAACGCCCUAAGUUCUCUGAAUUAAUUAAUCUUUUGCCUGAUUUAAAACCAGAACAGGUUCAAGCUGUUCAGGAUAGCACAGAGAUAGGUCAACUUGUCUACAGACAAGGAGAUGUUAUUACUGUUCUGGACAAAGGAAGUAGUAACAUGUUAUGGAAGGGUGUUUUAAAUAAUGGAAAAACUGGUUUCUUCAAUCCUGCUCACACAAUAGCAUAUCUUGGAUCAAAUUUACCAAGCAAUAAGCCUGGAGAAUUUACGCGUGGCGAUGGAAAAAAUGCCUUUUCCUCUCAGCGAAGAAAGAUUCGGACAGAUAUGAUCUCCUCUCCUCAGGGUGAUUUAAAACACACUGGCCAUGUCGGAUUAGAUGGAGCUUAUUUUGGUGACAUUGGUUUUCUUGGUGGAAAGUACCCACACUUACCACGACAAGUGGUGACUCCGUACAAACCACAGGAAGAUGUAACGGACAAUUCUAGUCAAGCUCUGAACCAAGAUGCAAGGAAUACAGAGACUAACAGAGAAGUAUUAAGGGAUAACAGGAGUGUACAGCAAGACACUCAUAAUAAGCAUGAAAGUUUGUGGUCUGAUGCAAGUUCUGAAGUAUGUCAUGUGGCAAAUUCGAGUAAACAGUCUGUACCAUUGAACGUGGCUAGUAAUAAUGAUACUCUUGGAGCAGAUCAUGAAUAUCAUGAGAUCAGUGACGAAGAAAAUCAGGAUAGCCCGUUAAGAUUCGACAAAACGUUAAAUUUCGACUUUGGUCCAAGUUUGUUGGCUGAAAUGGAUCAGAUGUUUAGAUCAUUAGGAUCUUCUCCUCCUCCACCACCCCCUGUUCAUCCUUUAUCAACUGAGCACGAAUCGAGUAAUGUUAGAAACGAGCUGAGGGAAAUACAAGCGAAACAGGGCAAUAAAAAAAAACAAGCCACCGUGAAGCCUAUCUCAGCUGCCGAUCAGAAAACACUCUACUCAGCCAUUGCUAUGGCACAGGAAUUGACAGCACGUUCCAUGACAGAUCUUGAACAUCCACCGGAGUCUCCCCGAACACCUGCCAGUCCUUCAAGACGCAGAAAGUUCUCUUUUAAGUUGCCACAUCAACACAGUCCCAAACCCGACAGACGACACUUUUCAGAAGAAGCUGCCAGUAUACCUGACAUACAGGCUACGUUGUCGGACGAGGCCAAGGAAGUCUACAACAGCCUCGUAGAGACGCCCAGCAUAGAGACCGCCUCAGACACCAAUCCUCUGCGCAUGCUACGUUCUGGGAUGCCCAUUGUUAGGCCUAGAAUACGCGGGAACAAGCACGCCACUCUGAGCCACACGAUAUCACACCAGGAGGACCUUUCUACGGACCAGCUCCACUUCGACGCCUACCACAGUGGUUCUAAGACCUUGCCCAAGAUUAGAGCACCUCCGCCACCACACGCACCCCCACCUCUGCCACAGGCUAGACACCUGGAGAGACAUCAUUCUGCCCUGGAAAUAGAGAAUAAUCAGAAUCAGAGCAACGUGGACGAGAAUCCCAUACCUUUGCCACCUAGGGAUAGGUCCAAGACGCUGCAACCUAAGUCCAGCUUACCCAGACAUCAGAGGAAGCAUCCCUUGAUCAUACCUGGUGGAGGAGUAACAAGAACUCUGGCCAAGAUGGCAGUUACCACACCCCCCAUUGAGGACCAGGUAGAUGGGAGCCUGCAGAGCACUAGUUCAUCAGUAGCCAGCAGCUCACUGCAAGAGGGUUAUUCUUCAGAGACUUCAGCCAAUAGUCCCGAAGAGUUCGAGCAACGUAUAGACUCCGAAUUAGCAGCGUUGGAUUCCCUACCAGCUGAUGAGACUAAGUUGCACCGCUUCAGCGUUAUUUCUGAGGAUCUUCUCGAAUUCUCUGACAAUCUCAUUGAUUGUGACACUCAGUACAGUCAGAAAAUGCAGGAAAGCAGUGACGUACAGUCCACUGACUCCUCGACGGAACGUCUUCAGAGGAAGGUCAGCGUGGAGUCGAAAAGCUCCCUUAGGAGCUUAGCAUCCAAGUGUGUUCAGGAAAAUGAGGCAGGUGAAGCAAGCAGAAACCCCACUCCAACGGGUUCUAAUAAGUCUGAGGACUCGGUGGUCUCCAACAACAGACUUUCAGCUUCCAAGAGAACUCCUCUGAUUCAGAGACCGUCUAAUUAUAUGCUGCAGUUCGAUUAUGGAGAAUACUCAGAGAAUAGCUCUCAGCCUCGAUGUAACGCGAGCAAGCAGCAAUCAGAAGCGUCCAAAGAAUCCUUGGCUACAGAUUCAAACGACAGUUUUCACUCUGCUAGUCUGACUGGUGAUCUGUCCAGACAAUCUGAUCAUGUAUCCUGUGAAGAUUUACUGGAGUUUGCCUGUGACGGACCUAACGCGAGAAGAACACGUGGCCCAAGAAAUGGAGAGCAAUCUGAUGAGGUUAGGAUUAUGAUGAAAGUACUGCACGAACAAUCCACACCAGAAUCGUGCAUAGCAGCAUUAAAUGUGACAGAUUGGGACGUGCUGGCGGCCAUCAAGCUGGAACGUCUGCAGGGAUUGCUGAAAAAGGAAAACAACUUCGUUGGUUUGGAGGAUUGCAAGGUUAUGUUGAACCAGUGUGGAGGUGACGUGGUUAAGGCGGCUGCGUUGCUGAGAAGCACUGACGACACUGCCGCUGUUUAA